AUGCCAUCAGAAAUAGUACAUUGUCUUCUAUGUGGUCGACGGGAAAGAGGCGCACGUUCAAAAUUUACAAUAAUAGGAACUGUUGAACGACAACAAAAAAUUUACGAUGGUUAUGAAAAAUGUCGUGGUCAAUCGUUAAAUUGUUGCUUGAUCAACAAAAAGGUUCAUUUAUCUUGCUAUAAAUCUGUUACAAAGGAUUUACAAGCUGUGUCAACAAUGAACAAAAGUGGUCGACCAAAACUUAAUUCACAUCCUGGUCGUCCAAGUUUAGAAAAAACACAAACAUCUUCACACCAUUUGUCUUCAUCCCUCAGGAAUAUGAAAAGAUGUUUGCAUCAAAAUCAACCAAAUUCGUUUAACAGUGAAUCAUAUUUAGAUCUGGAAUUGAAUGAUUAUUGGUCGUCAUCAGCAGAGCAGGAGAAUGAUGAUGUUUUGAUGACUAGAAAAAAAAAAAUUCCUAAAGAUUUUCAAGCUUUGAACUAUCAACAACCAUUUAUGGACCAAUCGAACCACGAUACCUCGUUUAUUCGUUCAUCUGAAUCCAAUACACCAAUUGUUCCUAUUUGUUUAUCACCACCAGAUAUUGAAUCUUUGUCAAGAAUCAAACAUGACGAAUUAAAAUUAGAAUUCAAUGAUGUUGAAACUUCAUCAGCAGAGAAAAGUGUCAUUACUAGAAAAAAUUCGAACAUAAAAAUAUCCUACGAUCAUUCCAGAAAUUUUAUCGAUGUUUUAUCUCCGACAGAUUAUGAUAAUGAGGAUCUAAAUAUUAUUAGUACGACACCAGGGGGUGAACAACCAAAACAUCAAAAUUUUGAAAAUCAAGUUUAUCGCGAAACAACGUGUAGUACGUCGAAGCCCCGUCGAUCACUUAGAAUUAAAUCAACAUUACACGUAAGUGCACCAAAUCCUCAAGAGUGCAGUACUGGUUCUUUAUUUUCAAAUGGCUUUGAUGAAUUAUGUUCUUGGUUAAUUGAGAUACUUUAUAGUGGUUUGAUUGUGUCCAUGGUUGAUAUAAGUAUUGAAUAUGAAACCAUCAUUAAACAACGUAACGAGAAGCUAAAACCGAAUAUGUGUCGAACUUCUUGCAUUCAAGAUCGUCUAAAAUUUAAAUACGGUGAUCUGUUGCAUUUUGUCAAAAAAAGCAAUACGGAAGGUGUUUUUGUUGGAUUGUCAGAUCCUGCUGUUUAUAUGGAUUGUGCUUUACAAAAACCAAAAGUUUGGAAAAGACAAGAACCCCCUGGUGAUUUGCUCGGCAACGAACUAUAUCGGCAUGAACGAUCCGAACAAUUGUUGACAAUUACCAAUCGACUCGGUCAUACACCCAGCUAUAGUACGAUUGUAAGACUUCAUGCUCAAGCUGCUGAAAGAUCAAGAAUGACGUUCAAACCAUUUUUUAUUGAACACCAACAAACUGAACUUGUCACUCAUAAUUUUGUUGUUAAAGUAGCUGAUAAUUUCGACAUCAACCCUGAUCGUUUGCAUGGGAACAAUAGCAUUCAUAUUCUGAACCAGAUACUUAUAUCAACACCAGAAAAUGAUGAGCUACCAAACUUAAUUAUUGAUUGUCUGAAUGAUUUACUCGAUACAAUAGUAAAUUCAAAUAUCACGAAUACUGUGAGUAUUCAUUUUCUUUAUUCACAUUAUCAACAUGAAAAUGAAAACUUUUUAUUUAGAUUUCUUCAGAAGAUAAUAAAAAUCCUAUUCAUGUAA